CCAAUCAAUCCCCUCCUCUAUUUCUUCUUCAAAUAAACCAAACAAGUAAAAAAAAAACUUGUAAUCUUAACUAUUUUGAUUUUUCAUCGUUUGUUUUCAAACAACGUUUUCAAUAGGCGUUUGAAUCUGUGCUGUUGUGUUGAUUAAGGUGAUGGGAUUGAAGACCAAGAAAUAAAUUAAAGCUGAUAUGUUCUCAGCCGUGUUAGCAGGGUUAAAUUGAGUCGCCAUUGUUGGAUUUGAGAGCUUGGGUCAUUUUUGAAGCUACUGUAAGGGUCUUGAGCUGCCAUUGAUGGAAUCAGCACCGUCGUUUAAGAGGGCUCGGCCGCCCGGGAGUGGAAACCAAGUACCGUCGUGCUCCGUCGAUGGUUGCACGGCGGAUCUCAGCAAAUGCAGGGACUACCAUCGACGCCAUAAAGUAUGUGAACUCCAUUCCAAAACCCCUAGAGUUUCGAUUAGGGGUCAAGAGCAACGAUUUUGCCAGCAGUGCAGCAGGUUUCAUUCCUUGUCGGAGUUCGAUGAAGGGAAACGGAGCUGCCGGAAGCGUCUCGACGGACACAACCGACGUCGGAGAAAGCCUCAACCCGAUGCGCUAUCGGUAAAUUCCGUUAGGUUUAUUCCAAAUCACCCUGCUACUAGAUAUGUACCAUUCAGUAGUCCCCAAAUGUUUUCGUCUACAUUCAUGAACGAUUCUUCGACCGGGGUGAUAAAAUUCGAAUCCGAUAUAAGUUCAUCGUUAAACUUUGGCAACCAAAAUAGCUCGAUCGUCGGAGAACCAUUCUCGUUCUUACACGGUACUAAUUUGUCACUCCCUGGAGUGUCUGUUUGUCAACCACUUGUCAAUACCAAUCCUUCAUCAAGCAAUGGUGGUAGCAGCCGGAAAAUGUUCUCGAAUGCAUUAAAUCGAGCCUUCGAGUCCAACCAUGCUCUCUCUCUUCUGUCAUCGGAACCGGCUGAGAAUCGGGAGAUUACUUCGAGCUCCAUGGUGCAGUCAGGCACACCUCCAUCCUUGAUACCAAGCUUGCAAUAUAAGGAUGAGCAAGCAGGAACCGAGCAUUCAGGGUCAUCCGCAAGUGGCACUCAACACACACUUUCCUUCUCAUGGGAGUAAAAAUAUACUAUGAAAUUCCAAUCUCCCUUCCAAUCAGAAUGUUUUGUUGCUAAAGCAGAGGCAUUUCCUUUUUGGAAUAAUUAUGUAGCCCUUGUGUAAGUGAGUUCCCAAUGAUUUUUGAACCUUUUGAUUAAGGUGUAAAUGAA